AUGGGCAUCCUGACCCUUGCGGAGGACCGGCCAACACCCAAAUCCGUCUAUAACUGGCGCAUAUACGCACUCGCCAUCAUUGCAUCAUGCGGUUCCAAUAUGAUCGGUUAUACCAGUGCCUUCAUCGGUACAACGAUUACCCUCAACUCUUUCAUGCGAGAGUUCGGCCUCGAUGAGAUGUCUACCCCACAAAGGAAUCUAAUCAGCGAAAACAUUGUCUCACUUUUUAUCGCCGGUGCUUUCUUCGGAGCCCUGGGCACAUACGCCCUCGGCCACUUUAUCGGCCGCAAAUGGAGUUUGGCUGUUGCGGCCGCUAUUUUCUUCCUUGGGUCUGGAUUGCAGCUCGGCGCUAAUAGUGCCCGUGGACUGGGUAUUCUCUAUGCUGGUCGUGUGUUGUCCGGUCUUGGUACUGGCGUCGCCUCAAAUAUCAUCCCCAUUUAUCUGUCUGAGCUGUCACCUCCGGCGAUUCGGGGACGACUCGUUGGUCUGUAUGAGCUUGGUUGGCAGAUUGGUGGAAUGCUGGGUUUCUGGAUUAAUUACGGGGUUGAACAACACAUGCCUCAAGAUCAUCAGCAAUGGAUUAUCCCCUUCGCUAUCCAGCUCGUUCCAUCCGGUUUGCUGUUCAUCGGCGCCCUUUGGAUCAAGGAGUCUCCCCGUUGGCUGUUUCUCAAGGACCGGCGGCGCGAAGCAAUGGAGAACCUCUGCUGGAUUCGCCAAUUGGAUGCCGAUGACAUCUACAUGACAGAAGAAGUGGCUGCCAUCGACCAGGCCCUUGAAUGUCAGAAGGCUUCAAUUGGAAUUGGCUUCUGGAAGCCGUUCCAGGCUCUCGCUACUAAUAAGAGCGUCAUGUACCGUCUCGUGCUAGGCUGUAUGCUCUUCUUCUGGCAGAAUGGGUCUGGAAUCAACGCUAUCAACUACUACUCACCCACAAUUUUCAAAUCGAUUGGCAUCGACCCCAACACAGUCAAUCUGAUGACCGGUAUCUUCGGUGUAAUCAAGGCAAUCAUGACCUUCGUGUGGCUCUUAUUCCUCGUCGACCAAUUCGGAAGACGGAAGCUGCUUCUCAUUGGUGCCGUGACUGGAUCGAUUUGCAUGUGGAUCAUCGGUGCUUACAUCUGCGUCGUUAAACCCGAAGACAACCCCAACGCAUCUCUAAAUGGCGGAGGCAUCGCAGCUGUCUUCUUCUUCUACCUUUGGACUGCCAUUUAUACUCCUACCUGGAACGGUACUCCUUGGGUCAUUAACUCUGAAUUCUUUGACCCCAACUUCCGUUCACUGGCGCAGGCCGCCACUACUGCCAGCAACUGGCUCUUCAACUUCCUCGUCUCCCGCUUCACCGAGCAAAUGUUCGCCACGAUGCACUAUGGAGUGUACUUUUUCUUCGCUGCGCUGUCGUUCCUGGCAUUCUUCUUUGCCUUCUUGCUCAUCCCGGAGACCAGUGGUAUCCCUCUUGAAAAGGUCGAUCGGUUGUUCGAUUGCAAGCCCGUCUGGAGAGCAAAUGAAAUGCUCAAGGCGGCUCUUGCAGAGGAGGAAGAGCAGUUCCGCCACGAUGUCAAGGAGACUUCUUACUAUGAAGAGCGUUCUGGGGCGGUUUCGCUUGCUUCUGGUGACGGAGAAGCGCAUAAAUGA